AUGCAGGCGUACGAGAACGAGCCGCCCUUUGUGCGUGCCCUUGCUGGGGCCCUGGCCUCCAUGUCCGGCGAGGCCGUGACGCUGCCGAUCGACACCAUCAAGAUCCGCCUACAGCUGGCGGGCGAGGGCGGGGCUGCGGGCGGGCCGCGGCUGGGCAUGGUGGGCACGGGGCGGGCCAUUGUGGCUGCCGAGGGGGUGCGUGGCCUGUUCAAAGGCUUGGCUCCGGGCCUUCUGCGUCAGGCCUCGUACCAGUCCAUCAAGAUGGGCCUGUACGAGCCGCUCCGCGACGCCCUCCAGUCGCUCUCCAUCCUCGACUCGCCCGCAGACGGCGCUGCUGCCGACGGCGCCGCCGCCGCUGGCCUCUUUGACCGCAUUGUGGCCGGCGGUCUUGCCGGCUCCAUCGGCGCAGGAAUCGCCAAUCCUACAGACCUGAUCAAGGUGCGGCUGCAGGCCGAUGCCUCGGGCACCCGCUACAAGGGCAUGAUCGACGCCGCGGCGCAGAUCAUCCGUUCCGAGGGCGUGCUGGCGUUCUGGAAGGGCGUCACGCCCAACAUGUACCGCGCGUUCAUCGUCAACGCCGCAGAGCUGGCCACCUAUGACACCGUCAAGAUCUUCCUGCUUGAGCGCGAGCUCAUUGGCGACAACAUUGGCAAUCACUUUGUCUCGUCGUUCACCGCUGGCUUUGUCGCCGCCGUCACCUCGACGCCUGUCGACAUCACCAAGACCCGCCUCAUGAACCAGCCGACCGAUCCCGCCACCGGCAAGGGUCUGCGCUACUCGGGCAUGGCCGACUGCUUUGUCAAGACUGCCCGUGCCGAGGGCUUCCUCGGCCUCUACAAGGGCUUCUUUGCCACCUGGCUCCGCAUCGGCCCAUGGGCCGUCGUCAUGUUCACCUCGUUUGAGCUCUACCGCUCUAUCCUCAACUCGAUGUUCAACUCCUCGGUUGUCAACGCUGCUGCCGAAGCUGCCGCCGACGACGCCGGCCUUGCCCCAACGUCCUCGCUCCGGGCAUCGCCACUGACGAUCUUCUCGGGCACCAUCGCCGCCUCGCUCUCGCGGUCGCUGUGA